CACUUCAACACAGCGACCAGGGGCUCCGUCUGCUGAGCGAAGUUGAGUCAACACGCCGGGAAACGCGCUGCCUGGAUUCAUGUGGCACCUCAACACUCGCAGUCCUCUUUACUGCGGCGCCGGGGGACUUUUAAUCAUUCUCGGUUGCGAUAUAAACCCGUUUUCCUUCAGGAAAUGUGUUGGUAGACACUAACACGCCGUAAUAAUUGAGUUGCAACCAUUAAACGCCCAGUCAUUAAGUACUACCUGCGGAUCUAUUGCAGGGGAGUUGUUUUUUUUUUUUUUUUUUUUUUUUUUAAACCAAGCGGGAUACUGCAGAGAACAUUUAACAAUAAGGAUCUUCAAACAAGUGAACAAUGCUCAGACUAGAGACCAUCAUUUGCACUUUUUCCGUGCUGUCUGUUGCAGCGAGAGCAGAUUUUAAAGCACGGAACUGCAGCGAGGUGAGAGAGGCUUGCAUCGGGAAAGGCUUCAGCUUCGCACAUGUUCCUGUUCAGGAGAUCCCAGGUGAACAUCUUCGUGUAUGUCCUCAGGGAACCACAUGUUGCACCCAAGAAAUGGAAGACGGAUUUGGCCAACAGAGUAAACAGGACUUUGGGAAUCUGGUUGAUGAAAUGAGUCAUGAAUUAAGAAGCACCUUUGUUUCCAGACAUCAGAGGUUUGAUGAAUUCUUCCUUGAGCUGCUCGAGAACACCGAGAGGUCCCUGAAUGAGAUGUUUGUGAGGACGUACGGCAAGCCUUACAUGCAGAACUCGGAGGUCUUUGAGAACCUGUUUGCCGAGCUGAAGCGCUAUUACACGGGAGGAAAUGUUAACCUGGAGGAAAUGCUUAAUGACUUUUGGUCACGGCUGCUGGAGCGUAUGUUCACACUGCUCAACUCCCAGUACGUCAUCACCGAGGACUAUCUGGAGUGUAUUAGUAAGUACACUGACCAGCUCAAGCCCUUCGGAGAUGUGCCCAGGAAGCUCAAGGCUCAGGUUACCCGGGCAUUCAUCGCAGCACGCACAUUUGUCCAAGGGCUCUCUGUUGGCCGGGAGGUGGCUCAGAGAGUGUCUAAGGUAAGCAGCAGUCCAGCAUGUAUCCGAGCGCUGACAAAGAUGCUGUACUGCCCCUUUUGUCAGGGCAUGCCAGCAGUUAAACCCUGUAAGAACUACUGCCUGAAUGUCAUGAAGGGGUGCCUGGCCAAUCAAGCUGAUCUGGAUCCAGAGUGGAACCAGUACAUUGAUGCCAUGCUGCUGGUGGCACAGAGGCUGGAGGGACCUUUCAACAUUGAAUCUGUCAUGGAGCCUAUUGAUGUCAAGAUUUCAGAGGCCAUCAUGAAUAUGCAAGAUAACAGUGCCCAGGUCUCCUACAGGGUUUUUCAAGGCUGUGGCCAGCCAAAACCCUCAGGAAUGACUAGGUCUACCCGCGGUGUUUCGGAUGUGUUCAACGCCCGCUUCAGGCCAUACAGCCCAGAGGAGCGGCCUACCACUGCAGCUGGCACAAGCCUAGACAGACUGGUGGUUGACAUAAAAGAGAAACUGAAAAUGUCCAAGAAAUUUUGGUCCAGCCUGCCUGAGGCGAUGUGCGUCGAGGACAGAGUGACCGCUGGAAAUGCCAGCGAUGAGGAGUGCUGGAAUGGACACACCAAGGGCAGGUACUUCCCUGAAGUCCAAAAGGAUGGACUGACCAACCAGGUGAAUAACCCUGAGGUGGGCGUGGACAUCACCCGCCCAGACACCUUAAUCCGUCAGCAGAUCAUGGCUCUGAGGGUGAUGACCAACAAGUUGAAAAAUGCCUACAAUGGCAAUGAUAUCUACUUUCAGGACUCAAGUGAUGAAGGCAGUGGCUCAGGCAGUGGCAGCGGCUACACAGAGGUCUACCCCACAGACAUGGACGGUGCUGCCACCGAAGCCCCAAUAGUGGAAGCCGACCGGAGCGGGCCUGUGGAUGACUCUGCCCUGCUCUGUGCACCCUCUGUAGCCCUGCCAACCAUGCUGGCCCUCUCAGCCCUGGCACUCCACCGACAAUGGAGAUAAUGCUGGAGGAACCAGCUAAACAUGGACAGCAGGGUUAAAAAAAAAAUUUUUUCUUUUUUGCAGUUUUUUGUAUUCAGGCAGAUUGGAGCUACAGUCGAGCAAACAGUAUUCAGGCUGGCAGCCUCGAGGCUAGAGGAGUCUGCUCUGAAAAAAAGAGCAGUCAUGCAUCAUGAUUUCCCACUUUCCCAAAGAUCAUGCAGUGCCAUCUGUAGACUUGAUAUUUUAUGGCAUCACUUCACCAUCUAACACAGAUGCCAACCCAACAAACUCUGCUUCAGAGAUUGAAAAGAAAAAGUAUUUCUUGCACAUAUUGCAGGUAUUAAUGUAGGUCUCCGUGUGGAAAAAUAUAACACGCACUUUGAUUGUUUUGAGGUUUUUUUUAAAGCAAAAUUUGUUUGUGUGUUGAACAAUGUUGAGAAUGUGGUUAUUGAUGCACCUAAAAGAGGCAUAAUAGGUUUACUAUAUGUUGAAUAUUAUAUUUUAAAACAAACACAAAGGAUAAUGAUCUAAAUGAGAGAAAAUUCAGGAACAAAUUGUUUCCACCUAAAGUUUUAAUUGAAUCCUUGUUCCAUUGUCAUUAAAUCACAUGCCAAUAAUUGAUUUUGGAUGAGAAGUGAUUGAAUAUUCAAUCAGAAUUGGGUUGUUGUUUUUUUUAACAGAUGCAGCCACUGAAUCUCAUCUUCUGUUUUACAGUAAUUACAACCCAUGAUGUUCGGUAAGAUUUUAGGUUUCAGUAUAUCAUGGGUUGGUCAUGGAUCUGCUCUGCUCCUAGCUAUUCACUCAAACGGUUCAACAGCCUCCUUGUGCUCAUGUGUUGAACUCACACUUUGUUAAAAAGGAUAAGAUUGACAUUUUUAUAUACUCAUUUGCCUCGCAACAAAUUAAUUAUCUGCAAAAUAUUUUCAUAUCAUGCUGGUUUCAUAGACUUGGCUUCGAGAGUAGACAGCCUGGACGGAAUUAUUACGGAGCAAUUAUCGUCAUACAGAAAUGACACCACAUACAGCAGUGCCAAGAUAGUCAUGCUGGUUCUGUUUUGUUCUGGGGUGCAUGUCCUGCUGUGCAAUCAAUUCAUUCAUGUUUGAGAGGGCUAAACAAAUUCUAAUUAUCACUAAUAUACAAUAUAGAAAUUGAUUCAUAUUACUACAUUUCUGUUUCUUUGUCAUUAGGGUUUAUGUCUCCAUUAAGUGAAUGGUUAUCCAGUGAAUUCAGCAUUAAGUGACCUGCAUGCAAAGACACUCAAUGAGGAGAUUCUACUGGCAUUAUAAAGGAAAUCAUACACAGUACUUGGCCGUGUUCUGUAUGUGUUUAAAUGUACAUGCACAUCGCACUAGGAGGAGCACAUCCAUUCAAUACAGAAUCACCAUCACCAAAUGGAGUCUUGCUGCUCCUGUAAUGCUGUAAUCUUUAUAUUAAUUUACAGCAUUAGGGCUUAUAAUUUUUCUGCUGCCUCCUCAGAAGUAUUUCCACAAAAUUUAGAUUUUGUCAGAAGUUCCAGAAAUCCUGGAUUUGCAUAUACAGGAACUUCAGGAACAAAGAAAAGUUCCAUAAAGUGCCACUUUUGCAUGUGUUAUUAAAUAGCCAAAGCUUAUUCUGUAACUGCUGUCACGGUUUGGAUAAAACAGUCAUUAAAAUGUGCACUGUAGUGCUUGAAAAGCAACAAAAGUGAAAUACUGUCAAACAGUAUUAAAAAGCCAAGUUGUAAAUCUCAAAAUUUCUGGAAAUUCAUUCCCACAAUAAUGUAAAAGGUGAGGGGAAUUAUUAAAGAGAAGAAGCAGCAAACAGAACACAGUGGUUACUCGAAAUGCAAAGAAAGGGGCCCUAAAUGUAUCUGUAAAGCUUGAAUGGUUAUGUCUGCAGCACAGACAGGCUUGAAGCCGACCACAGUCACCUGUGAAAUGAGAAUCUGUGGAGACUGGACAGGGCUGAAUGCUCCGGUGAAGCUCCUCAGUAGAGCGUACUUACAGAGAAUGUGAGAGGCCUGGCACUGCUGAGGGGGGCGGACAAAACCAGCCUGUAUGUAUGUCCACUGUUCUCUGAGAGCCCGUCAGCUCCAUAGCCACCAGGCCAGCUAAUCUUACUUAUCCAAGGAAUUAACCUGUGUUAUACCUUUUCGCAGUAUAUCAAUGAAUAAUUGUUGAGCUUUUACUUUAUAGCAUUUAAGUCAGCAUUAGCAUCCACAUUACAAAAACAAAAAUAUAGAGAAAAUAUAUCAAAUGUGUCAUUUAAAAGGAUUCUUUAUUAUGAAUAUUGAUCUUGCAGGAUGCCCUUUUUAUGUUUUGUAUCAUUGAACUUUUAAUGGUAAUAUUUUUGCAAGAAAAUAUUGAAAACUGAGGUCCGGUCAGACACAUUAUCUGAAAAAUAGAAUUAGCAGGAAACGCUAUACUGUAAGUCAACAUUUUUUACAAUCAAUGCAUUGCUGUAUGAAUUUAAAUCCUAAUGAAGUCAGUUUGUUUGGAGUUUGAAUAUCAUUUCAAACUGCGAAGGGUGAAGAACCAGAUAAGCAAAUAUGCCUUACCGUUUUUCAGUGCAAUUAAGAUGAUUGCAUUUGUGUUUUGUUACUGUUCUUGAGAAUAAAUAUUU